GUUUUCCUGAGGAGAAAUCUGCUGAGUAAUAGAUUGGACAUGGAGGUGUUUAUGGGCAGCUGGAAGCUGGUCAGCAGCGAGAACUUCGAUCAGUACAUGGACGCUAUCAGUCUUUCAGGAGCAAUGAAACGCUACGGCAGUAACAUGACCACGGUGGUGAUCUUUACACAAGAUGGAGAGAAUAUUGUCAUCAAAACUAAAAUGUAUGAAGACACCAACAGGAGUUACUCCAUCUCCUUUAAACUGGGAGAGGAGUUCAACGAAAACACCAUCGACUUCAGAGAGUGCAGAACUGUGAUGAACCUGCAGGAUGGGAAACUGGUGCAGCUGCAGAAGUGGGAUGGUGAGGAAGCCACGAUCAUCCGCCAGGUCCAGGACGAGAAGAUGAUUUCUACGUUUAUGAUCAGGGAUGUGGUGUGUGUGCGCAUCUAUGAGAAGAUGUGGUGAAGAAUGGAAGAUGAUGGAGACAUGGAGAUGUUUACUCAUGCACAUGAUCUGAGAUCUGGGCUGGAGAGACUUUCCUAAAAAUAUGUGUAAACUGAAUAAAGAGUUGAAGGGAAUAAGA